AUGCUACAUUCAUGGAACCUGCUCGUACUCAUGGCUCUCAUGGGCCCGGUUAUCGCAAUGCCCACAUCCCCCGCAUCGCCUCUGUUGAAAAGGAGUGUGACAUGUCUCACAGUCGGUGCAUCGGCAACAGCAACGUGGACGAACGCAGCAGGACAAAGUUGCUCAUUCGUCGGAGUGGUCGGUAGUAACUACGGGACAAACGCGGCUGGUGGAGAUUAUUCAUGCAAUGGACGGUGUGGAAGCGGUUGCUCGGGAGUGGGUCUUGGAAACGUCUACAGCCAGGACUGCUUCUCACACGACAUUUGCUCGUACUUCAACGACGCCACGGGUGGUGCAAGUGAUCCGAACUGUGGCACGGCGUACAAGGCUGCGGAGGAUGAUUACCUACUGGGUGCGGCGAAUGGCUGCUCCAAAACAAACCCGACCAACGCAGCCGUCGCGCCAAGCACGACGCCAAAGUGCAGUUGA